CAUCGUUGCUGCCUCCUCGAUCUCAUUCCAUAACACAUUCUAACAUCAAGACACAAAGAAAAGCACGAUAACAGAAGGAAGGAAGAGAGUAAAGGAGGAGGAAGAGGGGAUGGGGAACUGUCUCGACCUGCAGAAGCCGGUGACAUGGGUUGACGACGAGGACGACGACUGGGGAUCCAUGGAAAGCAGGAGCCCCAAGCAUUACAAGAGGCAGCGCAAGGCCGGAGCGGAGGCCGCCAAGGAGAAGGCCAGCUCCGGCUCGACCGAGAUCAAGAUCAAGAUCAGCAAGAAGCAGCUGGAGAAGCUUCUGCGGCAAGCCGACGACGGCGAGAAACUGCCGCUGCGACGAUUUAUCGCGGAUCUGGUGAGCAUGGGCGAGUCGUGGGAACUCCACCAUGAUCAAGGGAGGCAUUGGAGGCCGGAGCUACAGAGCAUACCGGAGGUACCCGAAUGAUGAUGAUCAUGAUGGUGAUGAUGGCGAUGAUGCAGAGUAUAUAUUUUGCAUGUAUGUAUAUUACUAUUGAUUUGAUGUAAAUUAGGUAGUAGAAGACAUUUUUUUUAUCUUUCCUUUCUUUGAGUUUUGCUGUAUACAUAUUAUCGAAUACAAUACACAAGUAUU